AUGGCAUGGGCAAAUAUUUAUCUGAGGUCAUCGUUGUUCGUACUUGCAAGUGGUUCGAGCAACGACUACACGGGGAUACAGGGGAACUUCCGCUUCCCCCCGCCGCUCGAGCGAAUGAAGGCGCUCAUUCCCGAUGUUUUCGCGGCCAUGAAUGCUUAUGUCAAAGCCGGUUGCACGGUGAGCAAUGUUCACACCAAACCGGACUGCGAUACCGCCAUCAAAGCCAUGGUCGUGCUCCACAAUCGACGCCUCCGGCGGCUGCUGACCGAGUUUCCCGAGGUAUGCAUUGUCUACAUACGGCGAUAUGUGGGUCCCCCAGGGCGCCUUAUUGUCGAAACCCCAACGAGUACAUGUUCUGGGACAACCAAAAUAUGA